AUGCUAACCUCUGGUGAUAAUUUAUCUAUGAACAACUACACUCAAGGAGGUAUUAAUGAUGUUAAUACUACCACCAUUAUUACUACUACUGAUGAUAUUAGUAGUCACAGUAGAAUACCUUUCGUUACAGGAGUUAACAGUCAUAAUAGUACAAUAUCCGAGACAAACACAACGACGAUGACGACAGCAAUAUCAGUUUCUGCAUUCGAUUCUAUAUGGCCACCCCAAUUGAAAUAUUCAAUGGGUCAAGAAGAAAGUAUACAGAUACAAGUAUCGAGCAGACAAGAAGAAAUAACAACAGUCCAUUUCUACAAUCAACCAAUUCUUCUUUAUCAGUAUCCUCCUCUUCCUCUUCUGCCUUUAUUAACAAUAAUACUGUUAAAAUUAUGA